AUCGAAACGAAUGAUGUGCACAUUGCAAGUCGGAUCUCAAAAAAUUUGUCGACGCGAACGUGUGCACCGAAACUCGCGGUGAUUUGUACGGAAGUUAACACGUACGGUAUUGGGCCGGUAAACUCAUCUUUCGGUCUGCAUCGAUCGUUCCGCCGGAUAUCUGCUCGUCGAGUACAACAAGUACCCGUCAUGGCUUCUACGAAACGAACACAACCGGCUUGGUCCAGUGGCGACGUGGCCGAGACGUGUCGUUUGAAGCUGUUCAACAGCUUGACGAGGAAAAAAGAGGUGUUCGUGCCAAAAAACGGUAAUAAAGUGAACUGGUACAGCUGCGGGCCUACCGUGUACGAUGCUUCACACAUGGGACAUGCUCGGAGUUACAUUACGUUCGAUAUACUGCGCCGUGUGAUGAAGGAUUAUUUCCAUUACGAUGUCGAGUAUGUUAUGAAUAUCACUGAUAUUGAUGACAAAAUAAUCAGAAGAGCUCGACAACUGCAUUUGUUUGAGGAGUAUGUUAAAAAUGCUACUGAUUGUAAAGCAGUGCAAAAAGAUGUUCUUCUAGCCCUAGAUGACCUUAAAAAGGAUUUUGAACAAGUGGAUCCCGAGAAAAAAGCAAUGACAUUAAAAGCUAUAGAGAAAUUAACCUUAGUGUCUCAGUUAGUAGUAAAUUCAACAGUGAAUAACUUACAAUCUAUCUUAAAUGAAAUCAAAGAUCCAUUUGGUGCUUAUUUGGAUAAAUUCAAUACUGAAGAUAUUUUUGAUAAUAACAUAUUUGAAUCUUUACCUAGAUUUUGGGAAUCGGAUUUCCAUUCCAAUAUGGCCUCUUUAAAUAUUUUACCUCCUGAUAAGCUUUCUAGGGUAAGUGAAUAUAUUCCUGAUAUUAUUGCUUAUAUAGAAACAAUAAUCAAAAAUGGUUAUGCUUAUGAAUCCAAUGGUUCAGUGUAUUUUGAUGUGGUUGCAUUUGAUUCGAAGCCUAUUCAUCACUAUGCCAAGUUAGUCCCUGAAGCAUAUGGAGAUACAAAAUCACUGCAAGAUGGAGAAGGUGACUUAUCAGGAAGCACAGUUAAUGAAAAACGUUCACCUAAUGAUUUUGCACUCUGGAAAAAGUCUAAAAAAGGUGAACCUUGGUGGGAAUCUGUUUGGGGAAAAGGAAGACCUGGCUGGCAUAUUGAAUGUUCCGUUAUGGCUUCCAGUAUAUUAGGUCAAACAUUAGAUAUUCACACUGGUGGAAUUGAUCUAAAAUUUCCUCACCAUGAUAAUGAAAUUGCUCAAGCCGAAGCCUACUACAACAAUGAAGAAUGGGUUCGGUACUUUUUACAUUCUGGUCAUUUAACAAUUUCUGGAUGUAAAAUGUCUAAGUCACUGAAAAAUUUUAUCACUAUUGGAGAUGCACUCAAAAACCAUUCAUCAAGACAGCUAAGAAUUGCAUUUUUAUUACAUUCUUGGAAAGACACUUUAGAUUAUGGUGAAAGUACUAUGGAAUCAGCAAUGGCUUGUGAAAAAAUUCUCAAUGAAUUUUUUUUAAAUGUAAAAAAUGUUACUAGAAGAGUUAAUGUUCAGGCGUUAACUGUAGGUUAUUCUAAAUGGUUACCUUCUGAAGUGGAAUUAAGCAAGAAGUUUAAUAUAUGUAAAGAAAACAUUCAUGCGGCAUUGUGUGAUAAUAUUGAUACAAAAACAGUAUUAGAAGUAAUUAGAGAAUGUAUAUCCUCCUGUAAUAUAUAUUUAAGAGAUUGCGAUUCUUCUACUGUAAAUCAUCUCCUAUUGCUAAACAUAGCAAAAUACAUCACAGGAAUAUUAAAAAUAUUUGGCAUACAAACGGCUGAUGAAAUUGGAUUCCCUAUUGGUGAUGGAAAUUCUUCAAAUAAUGUUGAAACUAUUGUGACUCCAUACCUGAACAUUUUAUCGGAUUUCCGUGAUUCGGUUCGUUCUAUUGCUCGUUCAGCUGGUUCUACAGAUAUUUUAAUUUUGUGUGACAAACUUCGAGACGAAAUACUUCCUGAUAGUGGUGUACGCCUAGAAGACUUUGAUGGUAAACCAACUGCAAUAAAAUUUGUGGGGCGUGAAGCCAUCAUGAAUGAAAGAAAAGCCAAAGCAAAAGCUGAAGUAGAUAAACUUGCUGAAAAAGAAAGAAAGAAAAAAGAGCUUGAAAUAGCUCGUGCAAAAAAAGAAGAGUUGAAAAAAAUACAUCCUAAAGAUUUAUUUAAGCUGGAAACGGAUAAAUACUCAGAAUUUGAUGAAAAUGGGAUACCAGUGGUUGAUAACCAAGGCAACAAAAUAAGUAAAGGAUUGACAAAAAAGUUACAAAAAAUCCAAUCUGCUCAUGCAGCACUACAUAAAGAGUAUUUAGAAAGUAUUGAAAAAAUUUAAUUUAUAAAUAUAAUCAUUUUGAUUUAA